ACUCCACCUCAGUGCCGGGCUCUCUUCCUGCGCAGUUCUCCUCUGCAGCCUCUGCGGGCAAGCGCCGGGGCUGCUCUCAAUCUCCUGGCUGCGAGGAGGCAGCCCCGGCAAGCUGCCGUGCGUCCCGUCCAGAGUAUCCGCGGUGCUGGGUACAGCGUCCUCCGCAGCGCGUGUGCGCGCAGUUCCCGCCGCCCGGACUUGGCGUUCCAGUCCCGGCUUCUGGUGGGCAACAUGUCAAGAGCCGUCGCCGCUGCAGCUGCCGCCGCCACCCGAGGAAGAGCCGCAGCCUCGGCAGCCGCGCGCCCACGAGGGCAAUAAACCGAAUCCCUCGGGCGCAGAGCGGCAGGGGACCCUCCCGGUGCUCUCUGCUCCGGCAGGACUCGCGCCAUGUGCUGAGCCAUGCCCCUGGCCGCGCCCGCGGGCCGCGCAUGGGGCAGCGCCUGAGCGGCGGCCGGUCCUGCCUCGAUGUCCCAGGCCGGCUCUUGCCACAGCCGCCGCCGCCCCCGCCGCCGGUGAGGAGGAAGCUCGCGCUGCUCUUCGCCAUGCUCUGCAUCUGGCUCUACAUGUUCCUGUACUCGUGCGCCGGCUCUUGCACCGCCGCGCCGGGCCUGCUGCUUCUGGGCUCGGGAUCCCGCGCUGCUCAAGCUCAGCCAGCCCUGGUCACAGCUCCGAAUGAGACAUCCCCAAAGGUGCCUUUCCGGGCGCCGCCGGCCAACUCACUGGCUGCAGGCAAGGAUAAGACAGUAGUCUCCGGGAGCCAGGAGGAGCAGAGUCCCGAGGCACCGGACUCCCCCAGCCCCAUCUCCAGCUUCUUCAGCGGCUCCGGGAGCAAGCAGCUGCCGCAGGCCAUCAUCAUCGGCGUGAAGAAGGGCGGCACGAGGGCGCUGCUGGAGUUCCUGCGCGUGCACCCCGACGUGCGCGCCGUGGGCGCCGAGCCCCACUUCUUCGACCGCAGCUACCACAAGGGCCUCGCCUGGUACCGGGACCUGAUGCCCAGAACCCUGGAGGGACAGAUCACCAUGGAGAAGACGCCCAGCUACUUCGUGACCCGGGAGGCACCGGCACGCAUCUCGGCCAUGUCCAAGGACACCAAGCUCAUCGUGGUGGUGCGCGACCCGGUGACCAGGGCCAUCUCGGACUACACGCAGACGCUGUCCAAGCGGCCGGACAUCCCCAGCUUCGAGAGCCUGACUUUCCGCAACCGCAGCGCGGGCCUCAUCGACACAUCCUGGAGCGCCAUCCAGAUCGGCCUGUACGCCAAGCACCUGGAGCCCUGGCUGCGCCACUUCCCGCUCGGCCAGAUGCUCUUCGUGAGCGGGGAGCGGCUGGUCAGCGACCCGGCCGGGGAGCUGCGCCGCGUGCAGGAUUUCCUGGGCCUCAAGCGCAUCAUCACCGACAAGCACUUCUACUUCAACCAGACCAAGGGCUUCCCGUGCCUCAAGAAGGCGGAGGGCAGCGGCAAGCCGCACUGCCUGGGCAAGACCAAGGGACGCGCGCAUCCCGCCAUCGCGCGCGAGGUGCUGCGGCAGCUGCGUGACUUUUACCGGCCCUUCAACCGCAAGUUCUACCAGAUGACCGGCCGCGACUUCGGCUGGGACUGAGUCUCCCCUCGGGGUUUAUCUAUUGAGAGAGAGUAUAUGUAUGUAAAAUGUACAGAAAUCUAUUUUAUAAUAAUUUAUUUUUAAUUCACAAGCAAUUAAUUCACUAAGCUGCCUAGCCACACUCUGCAGAGAGUUCGAGUCACGGUCUGUUAACAUUCCAAAGUGUUUAACUCCGAUAUUUUGUUCUGUCCCUCACAAUCGAUGGUGCUUCCAUGUUCCCCCCGCCCCCUCCCCGUUGUAUUUAAGAAGAAGAAAAGCACAACUUGAGAUUUUCGUUACGGGUAUUCAGCCUUCAAUCACCUUGGGUCCUCCACCUGCUAUCUCCUUGGGUCUUGGCUGCCUCAGCUGGUUUGAAGUGUGUUCUUGCCUGGGUACCUCCUGGAAACACUGAACUGCCUCAGCAUGCUGCAGUCUGAAGGUGGAAUUCACAUAAGCAGUUCAUCACCCCCACUGAUGUAGCGCCAAGGUGAGUUUUACUCGCCUCCCUUACAGGGACCCAUGUCCUCAUGACCCCGAAUCCCCUCCGUCCAUUUUGGCUAGCUGUAAGUGUAUACAAACAAUCGACCCCUUUCCCAGAUCCCACAAGUAAGACGCUUCAGUGCUGCUUUACAAAAAAGGUGAUGCUCAUUUGCGUAAGAGUGCACCACCCCAUGCUCCUUUCUUCAGUCAGACAGUUCUGUUGUGACACACCAAAGAGUCUCCCAGGCUUCCAUAUGGAGAGCCACUGGUGCAAACCUAGGGUGCUGGAUGUUGAGACCCAUAGGGGUCAGAUGUAUCCUUCAAUAUCAGCGUUUAGAGAGGUAUUGCUGUGUCUAGACCCAACUGGUGCUGGGCAGUAGGCUCAUGGCCUCCGUAGAGAGGAGAAAACAAAACGAAACAAGACAAAACCAAACACUCAGAUUUGAUGAGCAGCCUGGCAGAGGAAGAGGAUGCCCCGAAUUGCAGCCAAAUGCCUCUGAAAGACCUAGGCCACCCCAGAGAUGCUCUGUAGGCAAUGACCAGAGCAGGGUUUGAAGGAUGGCCCUCCAGGGCCCAGGCUUGGAAAGCUGGUGCUUGCAGACGCUCAAGUCUGACGCUUGCGCAGCCUCCCCUGUGGCAGUGGGGUCUUAGCAGAAAAGUUGCUAUUAAAUACGCAGACAAUUCUCCCUGUACCUCUGUGUUGGGAGGUUCUUUGGCCUGUUAGUGGCAGUUCUAUAGCUGUGUAGUGACAUGACAUCAUGAUACAUUCAGUUAAUCCUCUACUUCCUAAACCAGAAUGAUUCUACCCCAAAAGGAUUGCUAUCUGAGUUAGAUUUUCAUCAGAAAUGCAUGGAUGGUUGAAACGGCUGCACUGUGAUAUUUACAAAGGAUUGUUUUGGACAUUUUAUGGGCUAACUUGACUGGAUGAGCAAGGUUACAUGGAAAGAGAAGACAUGGUGUCUUUAGAAACUAGUGAGAGGUGUCCAUGGUCUUUAGGGAUUUUUGGGUAAGCAAAUUUGUGAUUUCCUACAAGUUAUAGCCCAGCUUGAAUUAGCUUAUUCUGGGCAGCAAAAUGUUCCCUGGGCAGGCUUAGCACGGGAAGAAGGUGAUUGUCAGCUAUGUUUAUUCUUUUAUUUUUCUUCUGCAGAGCUGGGCAUAGAACCGUGGGCCUUUUGCACACUGGGCAAACACUGAGCCACAUCUCCAGCCCAUUUCAUGGUUAUCUGUUCAUUUUUUUCUGUCCAUACACUUAGGCCGACACCACAAUUCUAGCAUCUCCUGGCUGGCUGCUGGAGUGUGGAAACACCUGUGAAAAGGUGUUCACCACACUUGAUUGAAAUCAGAAUGAGGACACCGUCCCUCACAGAGAGCAGAAUCUUGCUCACAGGCAGAGGCUGUGUCAGAGGCCUUCACCAAGGUUUCCUGGCUGCUUGCAGAGUCUGAUGUAACUCAUGAAAUAGAAGUGCAGAGAGUUCAGAGAAGGGUACCCAGCCAAGUGGGAGGAAAAUGUGUGAGUUUCCCAAGCUUUAGAUGAUAACAAAAACAGGAGACAUUGAGGUAGAAGGAGGUCAUUUAGUCGUGAACACUGAAGUGAGACAAGAUUCUGUUCCCAGUCAAGUCCUUGAAUCUAAGCAGGUGUCAGUAAUUAGUGCUGAUGGAGCAGGGGGAGGUUUUCAGUGUUAGUCAGAUAAAUCAAACAGCAUGUGCGCCUCUUCAUCAGGCCCUGAUUGCUUACAGUUCCUGACUGAUCCGGAUGCUGCAUCUGCCCAGGAUGCUGCUUCAUCAUGUGAUAGUUAUUACUGACCCACAUGGCCUCUUUUCGGAGAAGUUAGGCAACAUGGAAAAUUAAGCCGUAGGUCUCUUCCUGUCCUGGCCAUCUGCAGAGCUACUGAGCCUCACUUCUGAGCUGCUAGGAGACAGACACCAGGUCAUGUCUUGGCAGUUUGUCCCACCACAUGUUUGCAGUUUCUUCCAGUUUAUGUAGGAAAGCUCUGACAUAUUCCUGGUGUACUUUAUUUCUCAAAAGUUUCUCUUGUUUGAAAUCAAACAAACAAACAAAAAGCCCACAAAAACUUUGAUGAUGAUGAUGAUGAUGAUGAUGAUGAUGAUUCCUAUCCAUGGAAAGCCUUCUUGGGGAUGUUUGCAUGCAGGUGUGUUCACUUACUCUGUAGUACCUACAAAGGUAUUUCAGGCAGAAUGACUAAGGAAUAAACUCUUCAUUGGAUGGUGGAGGAGAGAUGUUCUGGGGGGGUGAGGGAGGGGAGAGACUCUUCGAGAGUCAUUUUGAGUGACAGAUGAGCUUGAGCCCCUGGGGGAAACCCAGUUGCAGAUCCUGCCUGGCUGUUUUCCUAAGAAAGGAAAAUGGAAGGCUCCACAGCCACGUUAGUGAGUGUCUAAGGAGUUGGCGCAGAGAUCAGUAUCAGUUCUUUUUUCAGUUUUUCCAGAAAGAAUGCUUCCUGAGUUUGGAAGGUGUGGUUAGUUCUUUCGUUGUUUUCAUUUUUAUAACAUUAAUUUAUGACUGAGUUUCAUUCAGCCCAGUAAUCAAAAAUGCUGUGCAAGUUCCAGCCGCUUGUCUUCUAUAACAUGGAUGGUAGGAUAGCCAAUAUGUACAAAAAAAAAAUUAAAUCAAGUAUUUUGUCCUAUGUAUAACACAAAUUAAUUUUACACAGAGAAAGAUGUUUCUAGGCAAAUGAAAUUCUCGUAAUUCAUACUUUUUCUUUGUAUGGACAAAUAAAAUAUAUUUUACCAA